AUGCUGCCGGUGGCCGCUCGCCCCCUGCGGGGGCUGUGUCUCGGGCUGUGUGGCGCCGCGCUCUGCCUCACCAGGCAACAGGUGCCUGCCAUCUGUGCUGCCCGGCACAUGAGGAGCAGUCCCAGGAGGGCCGAGGCGCUCGCCAGCGCGCCGCUGGAUAACGCGCCCAAGGAGUACCCCCCCAAGAUCCAGCAGCUGGUGCGGGACAUCGCCAGCCUCACGCUCCUGGAGAUCUGCGAGCUCAACGAGCUGCUGAAGAAAACACUGAAGAUCCAAGACGUCGGACUGAUGCCAGCAGGUGUGAUGCCAGGGGCUACCCCUGCCGCCACCGCCCCCGAGGCCGAAGAGGAAGAGGUCCCCAGGCAGAAGGAGCAGACCCACUUCACCGUCCGUCUGACAGAGGCGAAGCCAGUGGACAAGGUGAAGCUCAUUAAGGAGAUCAAGAACUACGUCCAGGGCAUCAACCUGGUGCAGGCCAAGAAGCUGGUGGAGUCCUUGCCCCAGGAGAUCAGAGCCAACGUCGCCAAAGCGGAGGCUGAGAAGAUCAAGGUGGCCCUAGAAGCGGUGGGCGGCACCGUGGUGCUGGAGUAG